AUGAAUUAAUUGAUGGACAGUAUUUAAGAUUUAGAAAGCUUGAUGUAUAAUUAUAUACUAAUAUCAAAGUGGUCAUGAUUUUAAUGCUAUCUGUUUUAAUAAAUAAUUGAUAAACAUCGAUUUUUCAGGUUUUGAUACAUUAAAUAAAGAAUGCUAAUUAGAGUUUAUAGGAUAAAGAUUCAAUAUAUGGAGACUUUUUUUUAAGUAAUUAAGAAUGAAUAGCUUAGAUAUUCAAAAAAAAGAUUCAUUUUCUUAAAAAAUAAAAAAGCUAACUAAUUUCAGGGAAAUUUAUAAAGAAUUUGAAAAUAAGUAUUUGACAACUUUCAAUAAAACAACUCAAUUUAAAACUGAAGAAUUAACUAAAAAGGGACCAUUAGGAGGUCUUCUUGGAGGUCAAUUAGAAGGCGGAAAAUAAAAACAAUAGAAUUCAAAUGCAAUUCAUAAUAAAUAAGAGAUGAAAUGGUAUGAAUGA